UUUCAUUGUUUGGUGAAAAAUAAACUGAUGUGUGAGGAGGUUAUACAUACUGUAAUGUGAAUGACAUGAAAAUGUAUCUGUGACAUGUAUUACUGUACUCUAUGAGGGGGACAAGAACCUUCCAGUGAAGACUGAAUCUUGGAGUGACGUUAAACCUCUUCCCACUGAGGGAGACUUCCUCGAAGUCAGGGAAAGCACACCUACCCAGGUGGACACUGAUAGUGAUGCCAGGAGGACCACACCAAGAGAAAAUACCCCUAUGACACAUGGUUAUUUGCAUGAUGGGGAUGAGGAUACAGGAUUCCCAUAUGAACCCAAUAAAGAGCUCACCACCUCCAGUAGUCUGAACAACCCUGAAAUAUCCACCCCACUCCAUCCCUCAAAUGGAACAACUAGCACAAACGCUGUGGUUUGUAAGACAUUUAAAUGUGUUGGCGUGUUCUGCUUCAGAGAUGCCCAGGCCAGAGUGGAGGCUUGCGAUGGGAACCAGAAGUUCUGUGAGCUGAAGCGGACCUAUCGGCAGUUGACGUGGGUGGACAACCGAGUCACCUGGAGGGCCGGCUGUGUCUCAGACUGCCGUCACGCCGCCCCAUGCUCCUCACCGUACCGCUACAACUGCCACCAGGAGUGCUGCCGAGCCGACCACAUCACUUCCUGUCUCAGGCUGGACGGCUUCCUGCGCAUGGCUGAAUCGUAUGGCAUUUCUGUGACGCCGUCAACUUCACUGGUGCUGAUGCUGGUGCUGAUACCACUGGAGUCGUCAGGUGGCUCUGUUAUGCCAUCCUCCAUGUGCCUGUUGCUGAGGAUGCUGAUGCGGUUGCCAGGUGUAUCAGUCAUGUCAGCCUCCCUGGUGCUGAUGCUGAUGAUGUUGUUGCUUAGCAGCCUGUCAUGUCAGCCUCCCUGGUGCUGGUGCUGAUGCUGAUGAUGUCGUUGCUUAGCAGCCCGUCUCUAGCUUUUGUAAUGGUCUCUGUAGCUUUAAUCCAACACUGUUGAUCCACCAGUCCAGUCAUAUGAACAUUGCAUCGCAACACCAAGCGCUACACUACACUUUAAGAAUGCAUUUUCUGUACACUGGCGCGUGUGUGUGUGUGUGUGUGUGUGUGUGUGUGUGUGUGUGUGUGUGUGUGUGUGUGUGUGUGUGUGUGUGUGUGUGUGUGUGUGUGUGUGUCCGUUUGAGAGAGAGAGAGAGAGAAUAUAACGUAACCUGCUGUUCUAUUCCUCAUACAUUACUGUUGUUGGUACUGUUGAUGUUUUUAUGGUUAUUAUAGCACUCAACAUUAAAAUGUGUUUUACACAGGCUUAGACAAUGUUGUGAGGGUUAUCCACCAAAGGGUGGAGCCAGCCACUAUCUCAGUGAUGUCCAUAAUAACUCAAAGAAAAAUGCAAAAAUAAAAUUGUUGUUUUGCGUCAAACUAAAUUCUGCCAAAAUAUCUGAUGCUUUAUUUGUGGUGUGAUGUGGUGGCACACCACGUGACGAAAUUCAAAAGGAGACGUAGUAAAAAGGGGAGGAGAGACCAAAGGACGAGGAAAUCCGCCAUCUUCUUGAGGUCUACUUUCGUGAUGCCGAGACACUGCUCAGCUGCCGGUUGCAAGUCCCGUGACACCCGAGACUCCCGCAAGGCCGGCGUCACCUUCCACAGGUUGCCAAAAAGAGAGAACCCGAGGAGGGCCCUCUGGAUCUUGAACUCAAAGCGCACUGGGCCUCAGGGCCACGGCCCCUGGGACCCUCAGAGCGAUUUCAUAUACUUCUGCUCCAAGCACUUCACUGCAGAGAGCUUCGAGCUCUCAGGAGUCAGUGGCUAUCGGAGGCUGAAAGACGAUGCGUUGCCCACAGUAUUUGAGGCCUCGGGCCAGAAGGGAAGAGCAGGGAAAAGGGUCACGCGGGGACGGCCAAAUCAAGGAGACACGGGCAAACCAGCCAGGUCCAAAGCUGCUCCUCAGAAAACCGUCCCUGAUGGGCAUGGCGAGCAGCAAACCACUUCAGAUAACGAGAAUGGGAUUGGUGAAGAAGCAAGCUGCACAACAGAGGCAGCCAAUGGGACGACAGCACACAACUCAGAGGCGUGGGCAGGCCCUGUCGCUGCCCCUCCUCCUUCUCAAACCUCAUUGGACACUUCAGCCGUCCAUCUACAAGUCCCCCAACCUGCCUGCGACGCGGACCCCAACCCGGAAAAAAACGCCGACCAGGAACCUCAGCCUCCCGCGUCUCCGCCCCGGCCGCCGUCCCCGUCCCGCUAUAUGCGGCGUCUUCCCCCGCCGCCGGGCUUCUACCUGCCCAAGGAGCACAGCUACGCUCAGCUCUGCCCCCUGGUGUGGAGGAAGCAGUACGACCGCGCCAUCGACAACCUGGAGAAGGCGCUCCGUUUGCUGAGCGCGGCGCGUAGACGGGAGAACCGGCUGCGGCAGGCCCUCUCACGCCUGCAGGAGAGCCGGCUCAAGAACACGCUGUCCAGGCUGCGGGAUGGAGGAGGCGGAGGCGGAGGGGUGCGAGGGAAGGAGGCCAGGGGAGGAGGCAGCAAGGGGAGGCUCUCCAACACCUCCACAGGUGUGGAGAGCAGUGAGCUGGAGGGAGCAACGGCAGAGGCAGCCGAGGACCUGGAUACAGUGGUGGGUGAGGACUCUGGUAGCUGGAGAGGAGGAGGGGGACAGGGUCAGGGGCGAGGGACGAGAGGCGCAGGAGGGGAGGACGAUGACGGCUGCUGCUUCUACUGCGGACGAGGGAGGGGUGACGACGAGGGGCCCAGGGACAGACAAGGCGGGUCCAAGAGGGACGGCAGACGGAGAAGAUUGGCAGCCAAGCGGCGUCGAGACAGAACAUGGGACGAUAUCACGGAUGAUGGAGGAGGAGGAGGAGGAGGAGGAGAUGUUCCUUCAAAGGAGUGUUACUUCUACUACUGCCAAACACCAGAGGCUGAAGAAGACAUGCAACUGGUUACUACCAUGGAGCUUCCACAUCCUCAGCCCGACAAGCCGAGUGAGGCUAGCUUGCGUUUCAUCGCCAACGCGUCCACUAGCCGACCUCUACCACUGGUGCACCAGCAAACCGCCCAGAGCUGCGUACAGAAGAUGCACCACGUGGCAGGGGCGGCUUUUCAACCCACCGUGCGGGACUCUACAGUGCGGGACUCAGGCAGUAGCGCUUCAUUCCAGCUAAUCCAGUCCGGUUCUUCCGUACCACCACAGGGGCAGCAGAUGCUUCUGGCCGAUGUGGUUUCCAGUGAAGGGCAACCUGAUUCCAGUCAGCAACAACAACAACAGGUGUAUUGGCUACAGGACGAUGGAGAGGGAAACCUGUUGCUUGUGGCAACACCCGCCUCCACGGAGGACGGAGAUGGGACUCCAGCCACGGGUCUGGGUGAGGACGUGGACACCCAGACCAUCUUCGUGUCGGAUGUGGGCUUUCAGAGUGGCAUGCUGGGUGUGGCGGACAUGGAGGGGUCGCGAGCUGAGGGCGAGGUUGUGUGCAUGAGGGUUGGAGGUGGUAGUGGUGGUGGUGAUGGUGGUGGGCUGAAUGACAGACUAGCGGGCUUCCACACAAACAUCAGGGGCGCAGUCCUCAGCGGAGAUGUGAGGGAGAAACUCAAAGAACAUUUGGAGGGUUUUCAGCUACAGUUGAGCAAUGAAUUCAUUGACUAAAUAAAAAAGACUGUAUGUACAUAAACUGUACUGACGUUUGUAGACUUUUUGGGUUUGGACUUAAGAUGGUCCUAAUGAGAUUGUCAAGAGUCACUCUGUGUUGUUAUUUUUGUAUGCUACAAAAAAUGUUGGAGCUGUGAAUUCAUGUUCAUAUUUAGUGGAUAGCUACUGCAUAAAUAUUGCGGAUACUCACGGUACAUAGUAACUCUACCAUUUCUUACAUACUAUUAAAUUUUCAAGUUUUAUUUGA